CUAAAAGAUGGUUAAAUAUUUUAGGAUGCAGAUUUGAAAAAUACAAAAAGGGUAUAUAUUUUGAUGGACACAAGAGAGAGGACGUUGUUGAAUAUUGGAAGAGGUUUUUGAAGGAAAUGAGGACUUUAGAAAGAAGGAUGGUGAGGUAUGAAGGAAGUAUUAUGGAGCCAAUUCUACUUGUACUUGGAGUAGGCGAACAAGAGCUGAUUCUUGUCACUCAUGAUGAGUGUAGUUUCUGUUCAAACGAUGGAAAAAGAGGAAUUUGGGUGCACGAUGAGAAAAUGCCAUUGCGUAAGAAAGGGAAUGGAAAGUCAAUUAUGCGAAGAAGAAAAAAAAAAAAUCCUAAUAUUUCCGCAGAAGCAUGCUGUUACUUUACACCUGGUAAAAAUCAAGAAAAUUAUUGGAUGGUUGAACAUUUGUUAAAACAAAUUAAGGAGAAGGCAAUACACAUUUUUGAAGCAAAAUUUCCUAAUGCAACGGCCAUUUUUGCCUUCGAUAAUAGUAUGAAUCAUUUAGUGUUUGCAGAUGAUGCCCUUGUGAUGCAAAGAAUGAACAAAGGCCCUGAAGGAAAGCAAAGUAUAAUGCGACUGACAAUUUUUAUUAAUAACAAUGGACAAUUAAUAGAACAAGAAAUGGUAUUUGAGAAUAAUUACUCUGAUCCUAAUCUGAGAAGAAAACCCAAAGGAAUAAAAAGAGUGUUAGAGGAAAGAAGCCUAUGGAAAAAAGGGUUAAAUUUGGAAUGUUUAAUGUGCAAAAAAAAAGAAAAUUCUGAACAAAUUGAUUGUUGCUUGAGGAGGAUUAUGGCUUCUCAACCAGAUUUUUUGGCUCAAAAGUCUGCUAUCGUGGAAUUAAUCGAAGUAGAUAUCGUUACGAUUAGAAGAUUUGCCAGAAAAUCAUGGAGGUAUAUGGAGUUAUACCAUAAGAGACUGACGGGAAAAUUAGCAGAACGAGCAUGCAAAAAAUUUAAAUCACAUAGGCGAAUUUCUCAAAAAGAAUUAACAUUAUUUUUACAGGAAAAUG